AAAAGGAAUGAAAAAUCUUGGCAACCUAAUGCGUCACCUCCAUUAUUUUAUUCUAUGGUAUGCAGAUUUUUCAACGUUCACACCUUAAACUAGGUGCCAACCAGGACCCAGAGACCACAGAAAAGUCACUACACGUGUUAGCACCUAACUCCAGAAUGAAAAGAAAUGAUGAAUUUACAGAAGAUUCAGAUUGGUUUUGUGUUUUCCAAAGUCACACGGAAUGGCAACUUACUGAUUCCUUGAUCCAAAAAAAUGCUGCAAUCACAAUUUACCGUUGCUCUCAUCUAUUCUUUAACGUUUCUCAAAUUGUCCGUUGCAGCAGAUACACUUUCUGCAAACCAAACCAUUCGCGACGGGCAGAUUUUAGUUUCUGAGGGAGAAAUAUUCGAGCUGGGAUUCUUCUCCCCUGGUAAUUCCAAUAACAGGUUCUUAGGAAUAUGGUACAAAACUACUCCGGAUGUUGUUUUUUGGGUUGCAAAUAGAAAUAAUCCCAUUAUAGACUCGCAAGGGAUCUUAUCCAUAGCCAGAAAUGGAACUUUACUUCUUAAGAGAGGCAAAACCAUUAUCUGGUCGUCAAAUACAUCAAGUGUUGCAUCAAUUCCAGUUGUACGCCUCUUAAACACUGGAAACCUUGUAAUUAUGAACUCAACUUCUCAACAAAACUAUAUAUGGCAGAGUUUUGAUUAUCCGUGUGAUACCAGGUUACCAGGAAUGGAACUGGUAGACUACCUUGGACAGGGUCAAGAUAAAUAUUUGACGUCUUGGAGAAGUUCUCAUGAUCCGUCCAUUGGAGAUUUUUCCGACAGGAUUGAAUAUAAUGGUGGACUAGUUGAAAUGGUUGUCUACCACGGGAAGAUAAAAAGAUGCCGCCGCAGCCCAUGGAGUGGGCAUUACACCAGUAAUCUCCCUUUCAUUCUCACUACACCUUUUAAACCGGUUUUGGUAUUCAAUAAAGACAGGAUUUCACUCUAUGAUAACAGCUCAUUAAUCACGAGAUUUAAUUUAGACAAAUCAGGCUUUGUCCAUCGCUAUACUAUGAAUGAGAGCAAAAAUGGGUGGAAUCUUGUUCAGACUUUUCCACGCGAUUUUUGUGACAAUUAUGCUCGGUGUGGUCCUAAUGGUAUCUGCAGAAUUAGUCAGGUACCAAUAUGUGAGUGUCUGAAGGGAUUCGCCCCAAGAUUUCAGAAGGAUUGGGACGUGCAAGAUUGGUCGGGUGGAUGUGUUAGAAUUACGCCAAUAAAUUGCCAGAAUGGAGAUGGGUUUCUUGGGGUGGAAGCUAACUUUCCUGAUAGGUUGCAGUUUCAAUUGAAUACUAGUAUGAAUUUCAAUGAAUGUCAAGCUCAGUGUUCCAAAAGCUGUUCCUGUACAGCUUUUGCUACCCCUUUUAUAACUGGAGUCAGUAGCUGUUUGAUGUGGUUUGGGGAUUUGAUUGAUAUUAGAGAGCCUCCUGGAGCAGAUAGCAAGGUGAACAUCUACAUUCGUUUGCCACCUUCUGAACUAGAAUCUAACAAUGUUUUAGGUAAGAAGAAGAAAAGGCCCGCAAAGAUAAUCUUCAUUUUGACUGCUGUCGGAGUGCUUAUCCCUGCUUUAAUCUGCGGGGGCAUACUUCUAAAGAGAAGACUAACAAGUAAAGGAGAAGAAAGGAAAACUGAAGGUCUAGAAUUACCUUCAUUUGAUUUGGCAACUGUAGCUGCUGCCACGGAUAACUUCUCCAGCAAAAACAUGAUAGGUGAAGGUGGUUUUGGUCCUGUUUACCGGGGUAGGUUAUCAGAUGGACAAGGAGUAGCAGUAAAAAGACUGUCCAAAACAUCCAGACAAGGUAUUGAAGAAUUCAAGAAUGAAGUGAAUUUGAUUGCCAAACUCCAACACAGAAACCUCGUCAGAUUAUUGGGAUGUUGCACUAAAAGAGACGAAAGAAUGUUAAUCUAUGAGUACAUGGAGAACAGAAGCUUGGAUAAUUUUAUUUUUGAUGAAGAUAAAAGGACAAUAUUGUCAUGGCACAAGCGUUUUGACAUUAUUAUGGGGAUUGCUCGUGGAUUUCUCUAUCUUCAUCACGACUCCAGAUUAAAGAUUAUCCAUAGGGAUAUCAAAACAAGCAAUAUCUUGCUAGACGAAUAUCUAAAUCCGAAAAUUUCAGACUUUGGCUUGGCAAGAAUUGUUGGAGGGGGUCACGAUAUAGAAAGAACAAAAAGAGUUAUUGGGACUUAUGGUUAUAUGGCUCCUGAGUAUGCCUUUGAUGGGAAGUUCUCAGUAAAAUCAGAUAUAUUUAGCAUGGGUGUUGUCUUGUUAGAGAUAGUGAGUGGCAAAAAGAACAGAAGUUUCAGAUACAUGGAUCACUGUGAUAGCCUUCUAGGACAUGCAUGGCUCCUUUGGAAAGAAGACAAGGCCUUGGAACUAAUGGAUGAAUGUUUGAAAGAUUCAUAUGUUGAAUCUCAAGUGAAGAGAUGUAUACACAUGGGCUUAUUAUGCGUUCAGAAACACGCAGACGACAGACCGUUUAUGUCCAAUGUGCUUUUUGUGCUAGGAAGUGAUCAGGAGGGAGCAAAUUUGCCUGAUCCCAAUGAACCUGGAUUUUUCAUGGGAGGGAGUUACAAUAUUGAAGGAUCUUGUAAACUGCAUUACAAUAAUGAAGAAACUUGUAAACCAGAGCCAAAUUCAAAUGCAGUGAGUAUGACUGAUAUAGAAGCCAGAUAGAGAAGGUUCAACAGAAUGAUAAUUUUGUAGAACAUGCACAUAAUCAUGCUAAUAUAAUAGCACUGUUGUUAAUAGAGUAAUGCUAUGUACUAUGUAGCAAUAAUGGUGCUACACAUGGGUACAGUUUAUUUUUUUAGUUCUUUUUUAAUUAAAAUUGAGGUUAUGUAUCUUUCCUUUAAAAAGCAAUUCUUUGAGGAAAAGGGAGCUUUGUUAUUUGCUGUAGCCAGUUGGUAUCUUUAAGGUUAACACCAGCCAAGUAAAGAACGGAGAAAGAUGAGAAAUCGAUUCUAGGUUCUUGAAUCUCAGUUGGUGACAAUAUGGACAAGCGAAUCCAAAAAUUUCAAGAGUCAGCAAGUUGGUUACUUUCCGAUGUUCAUACUUAAAUUUCAUGUGUCUUAAUUUCUCGAAGGAACCAAUGAAUUUUGGUAUUUGAAUACUGCCUCCGAAAUCAUUUCCCCUUAGGUCCAGUCCAGUCCAGGUAAUUCAAAUGCUGCAUCUCAAGCAAUGCAGGGCUUUUCUUUUCUCUCGAGGGAUGAUAAUGAGUAAUAUUCUCGUGACCAGUUAUGUUGCUACAUGCCACACCCUUCCAUUUGCAGCAUCCACUUUUAUCUUUGUCACUUCCCAAGGACGAGAGAGUCAUAGUCGUCUAUAAGGCCUUGAUUAAACUUGAAAAGAGCUCGUCUUUCCAGAAGCAGAGAGCGAAGUCAGUUUCAUGCACAGAGAAGAUACGAAUAACGAUAAAUUAAGUACUUUAAGUACUUUGAUAAUUCCUAUAUACUCCCUUUUUUUGUGAUAUCGUGUUUAUAGUGAAAU